CAACUUAAAAUCCAAUUUCCUGCUAGAUUAGUAUUGACCAUGGGGAAUAUUAAUAUUACGUUCCAUAUUUGCGUAGUCUACUUGUUUGUGAUGACUUGCUCAUCUGCCCAAAGUGUUCCUGCUUUUUUCAUCUUUGGCGAUUCUGCGGCAGAUGUGGGAAAUAACAACUACGUUGCAACCGCAGCAAAGGCGAAUACCAUUCCCAAUGGAAUCGAUUUUGGGAAUCCAACAGGACGAUUUACAAAUGGCAGAACUGUUUUUGACAUUCUUCAACAGCAAGUGGGUUUCAAAAAUUUCUCUCCUGCUUACUUAGCUCCAACUACCGUUGGAGACGUGAUUCUACAAGGUGUCAAUUAUGCUGCAUCUGCCUCUGGAAUUUUUAAUUCCACUGGAUCACAAUAUGGUGAAACAGUCAGUUUCGACACACAACUCAAAUAUCAUGGGAGAAUUACGCUUGCCAUAAUGUCAAGAAUUGGUGUUGCUGCAACUCAGAAAUUGUUGAGGAAAUCAAUCUAUGCAAUUGCACUAGGCGCUAACGAUAUACUGUCUAAGGAUUCGUACACAUCCAAGCUAACGCAAGACGAGUUUUUGGAUUUCGUGAUCUCAAGAUUCAGGUCACAACUUCAGACACUCUACAACUUGGCUGCUAGAAAGAUUAUGGUCAACAGUGUUGGACUCAUUGGCUGUUCUCCGUUUGUUAAAGAUAUAUUUUUUGUUGCCGAAGGCAAGUGUUAUGAUCCAUUCAACCAAUUGGCCCAGAUGUAUAACAAGAAGUUGAAGAGUCUGAUCGUGGAGCUUAACAAAGAUUUGGAUGGUGCAAAAUUUGUUUACGUGGAUACGUACAAAACAACGGAAGAUAUCAUCCAAAAAUUUGUGUCAUAUGGUUUUGUGGACGCAACUUCUGCAUGCUGCUCUUUUUUCGGGCGCCAUGGAGGACUUUUCGGCUGCAGUCCAUUUUCAAAAGUUUGUCCUGACAGAUCAAAGUAUGUAUUUUGGGAUUCAUUUCACUUAACAGAUGCUGCUAACCUAGUCACAGCAAAGUAUAUGAUGGAAGGAAACUUGACAUAUAUGUUCCCGAUGAAUGUUCGACAACUUGUGCAGUCUUGAGCUAGCUGACCCAGCUGAACCUAUAGAGGUGAAAUAUUGAUGUACUGAACACCCAUGCAGUUUGCAGAAGAUGCAAAUCAAAUUUGUAUCUUCGAUGAAUAAAUUAUCUAUGGAAAUCAAUCCAUCUAUUGCUACUUUGCUAGUAAACUUGAUGA